AUGCUUAGAACAAGCUUCCAAAAUCAAUUAUUCAGUGGUAUCUACAAAACACAAAGAAGAAGCAUUGGGAGUGUUCCCUUUGUGAUAAACAGGGGCUCAACAAAUGCUUAUGAUGUUUUCUCCAAAUUACUUUCAGAAAGAAUCAUUUAUUUAUCAGGACCAAUUGAUGAUAACUUAGCAACUACUGUCACUGCUCAACUAUUAUAUUUAGAGUCACAAUCAAGUCUUCCUAUCAACAUUUAUAUCAAUUCUCCAGGUGGUAGUGUCACUUCAGGGCUUGCUAUUUAUGAUACAAUGCAAUAUAUCCGUUGUGAAAUAUCCACAGUGGCAAUUGGACAAGCAUAUUCAAUGGGCUCAUUACUUCUUGCAGCAGGUACUAGGAAUAAAAGAUUUGUACUUCCAAACACAUCAAUAAUGGUACAUCAACCAAGUGGCGGGUUUCAAGGUCAAACAUCAGAUAUUGAAAUUCAUGCAAAACAUAUUAUCAAAACAAGAGAAAGAUUGAAUAGAAUAUAUCAAAAACAUAUUAAGCGUGGAACCACAUUGGAAAAGAUACAUGAACUUCUAGAUAGGGAUAAAUUUUUAACAUCUGAAGAAGCUGUCGAAUUGGGAUUGGCAGAUAGGGUUUUAGAAAGACGUGAAGAUACUGAUCCUUUAAAAACCAAAGCAAAUGAAGAUAUUGUCCAAACAUGA